AUGGAGUAGAAGAUAAUAGAUGUCAAUUAUUAUCCCGUGCCUGUAUAAUAAUGAACUAGCAUUGAUCACAUCGGUCCGAUUAGAGGCUCUUGUCCCUGCCUGCAUAAAAAGGGCAACGAAGUGACAAGAUCGGUCAGAACCCGCCAUCGCCAAAGGGUCAACGCCCUAAGUACCAACGCACAGCACUAGAUCAAACCGAUGGUGAAAAGCGACCGUGGAAACAUGCAAAGUCCCUCCUUCACCGUUGACUCGCUUAUAGCAAAAAAGAGUCCCAGCAGCCAUUUCCAGAAUACCGAAAAAGAAGACAUUUCUACAGCAGAUAGUAGAAAAUCCGCAUUCUGCGUCGCGUCUUCGCUAGCUAAACGCGAGUACGCCGUGAGUGUGUGCCACUGCCAGCCGUGCCAGCAAUCAGGGUUCACUACGAUCAGCCAACCCGUGACAGACCCACGCUUUAUCUCUCUUCAGACCAUGGCGGCGGUCAGCGUUCCUACUCCGGUCUUUCUCUCGAAAAGUCCGCCGCGAAGAAAACGCAAAGAAAACAAACCGAGACGCCAGAGGACGACAUUCACAAGCGAACAGACUCUAAAGCUAGAACUGGAGUUCCACCAAAACGAGUACAUAACCCGUUCACGACGAUUUGAGCUCGCAGCAUGUCUUAAUCUCACCGAAACACAAGUCAAAAUUUGGUUCCAAAACCGCCGCGCGAAAGACAAGCGCUUGGAAAAGGCGCAAAUGGAGCAGCAAUUGCGUUUGGCUAGCUACACGAACACCAUGGCGUACCCAGGCUCUUAUCUGAAUUACUAUUCCCCGCAUUAUUUUAAAAACGCGCCUACAUCUAUGGCGAGUCCUGUACCGGUCAGCCAAAGAAUAUCAUAAAGAGUGCGCUUCGCCUAGCCAACUGUAAAUAAGACGCUCUGAGUUGUUAAAGGGUUUAAGAGGGAGUAUGUGAGUAAGCCCAAGAGGACAGAACUAAAUAAUAGAUGUUAUUUUGCAUGGUAUUGACCGUGCUUCUACUGAAACGAUUUGUAAAUAAAGACCAGUUUAUGAUA